AUGAGAAUUGUUAAAACAACAUCAAAUGAAUUAGUAUUGGUUCAUAGUAAUAGACUUAAGGAAUGGUCAAUGGGAUUAGCAAUUGCAUCAAUUGGAUUAUUACCAACUAUAUUUCAUACAAGUGAUGAACUUUUUAUAAAGAUGUCAAAAGUUGUAUUCAUUAUUACAUUUAUAUUGAUUGGAUUAUUAGGUAUUCAUGAAGAGUAUUAUAUUGAAUUCAAUGUUAAAAAGAGAAAAAUGACAAUGGAAUAUAGAAAUAUAAUAGAGGUAUUAACAAUGCAACCUGGUAGAAAUAUGGUAUUGGAAUUAGAUCAAAUUAGAGGUGCUGUCAUUCAAGAGAUUAAAGAAAAGAAACCAUUAUAUAAAUUAGCAAUCGAUUAUUCUGAUGGUCUUAAAAUUGGUGUAACUGAAACUUGUUAUUUCUUUCCUGAUCAAAUUACUGAAAUUAAAAAUUCAAUUAAUAAAUGGUUAUCUGAUAAUGGUAUAAUUGGUAAUAAUAAAAAUAAUAAAAAUAAUAAAAAUGAAGAAGAUGAAGAUUACAGUAAUGAUGAAGAUGAUGAAGAUUAUAGUGAUGAUGAAGAUGAAAAAGAAAAAGAAAAAGUUCAAUCUAUUAAAAAGAGAACUAAUAAAGUAAAAUAA